AUGGAUGCUUAUAUCACAUACCGGUAUGGAGAACUCAACAACCUUACACGACCCUCCGAAUUAGCCCAAAUCCAUGACUGGAAAGGCCUCUUCAUCGCCGGCGUCAUCCUCUGCUAUUUAUUCUGCAUCUACGUGUAUUCGGUAGCAUUCUCCAUGCGCAGCUAUGUACAGUAUUCUUCGUUCAUUUCAUCAGUGUUAUUUAUUCCGAUGGUGAAUCUGGUUGUGUUUAUCGCCGCGGAGAUUAGUGGAUUACUUUUUGCCUACAUCGGAGUGCCAAUAUUCUCUACCCUCCUCUCCACCGCGCUCUACUUUACUAAAAACUUCAUCCUCCUCCGGGUCCUUACCGUAGUGGUAUCUUUUCUACCACUCGCCUGCAUCGUUCUGACAUUCCUGCUAUCACUUUCGCUCAUAUUUCUCGCCGGGAUUGGUACGCAUCGUGAUCAAAUUAUGGCCCCAGCCGCACUAGUGUUUUUCUCGAUAUUGGUUACAGUACAUGCAGAUUGGACGCAUCUCCAAUCCACCGUCAAAUCCCUUUUCGGCCCCUACGCCGAUGCAUCCAUCAACUAUUAUAUUGCCGACUGGCCGAGAUGCCCAUUUUUUGCUGAAAUCCUCCACCCCCUCAUCCCCACGCUAAUGGCAAUCUACAUCUUCUGCUCAUUCAUCCAGUUUCGUCACCCCAUCAAGUACAUGGGCGUCCGGGUCACCGAAGCCUUUCAGACCCAGUUUCCGGUUUUGUUCUGGCGAGCACGAGCUGAGGGAUCCGACAUCGAACCUUUGAAUCCA